UGCUGCCUCGCGGCAACUUGCUCUGCAGGUUAUCCCGGUGAAUCACUCCUUCAGCAGCUAUAAGUAGGACAGCUCUCCUCAUGGUUAUGUUUUCCUUCUCGCACUUUCUGAAUAACAGCCACCAUGAGUAAGUCUAGCUCCCUGAAAGUAAAGAACUUAUUUAAAAGCAAAUCACCUGAUAAAGAAAGCAAGGAGCGGAAAAGGUCCGAUGUAGCAGCGUCCAGCCUCCGGGACAGGUCGGACACUCUGCCGGCAAACCUCGGUCCCUUAAACCCGGGAGACAGCGUCACUCUGCCCGGGGAUGUUUUACCCAUUUCCCCGAAAGAAAAGAAGCCAAGGAGGCUGUUGUCGUUUAAGAUUAAACGAAAGAAAUCCAAGCAGAACGAAGAAGCAGGAGGAGAUGUGUUCUUCCCUGAUGAACUGGACAGCUUCCAAAGCAACAAGAACUUCGACCAGAUGAGUGUUUGCACAGAGUCGGACUGGGACCCCGAGUCCUCCUCCAUGAUCAGCUUUGACAUGAACCAGCCACACCACCCUUCCUCACCCUCCAAAUUCUUCAAGGGUUCGGAGGAGAAGAGGGGAAUGAUGGAUCGCCUCUCCCACUUCUUCAACAAGAGAAAGAAGAGCACUAGGCAUCGCUCAGAUGCCUCCAGCGAUGGAACCACCCCAACAUCCCCCCUGUCUCCAUGUUCGCCCCUGCCCCUAGAGGAGGAUGGGCUGAAGACGCCAACUCCAUCUCGAAAAGACAUUGAGGGAGCAGAGUAUGGCGACACACUCAGCCAAAACUCGAGUCCGAGCGGCUCCAGCGUCAUCUCUCUGUUGACAGGGGAUGCAGACCUCCCGUUUGCAGACAGUAACAGCAGUGGCAGUGUGAGGGAGGUUCAUAUGUGCAGGGUCAGCACAGCCAGCAUGGAGAGGAAGUCUGGGAAUGUGACUCCAACCACUCUGGAUCUCACUACCACAACGCAACCAAGUGCUGAGUCAGGCUUUGCAGAGUCGGUGGCGGAGGAAGUAAGCAGGAGGCUGAGCAGUUUGGAUGGAAAUACUGUGAAAAAUACAGAGAAUAAGAGCUCCACAUUUAAAAUCUCCCUUUCCAAUGCAGCUGAGAACCCAAAGUCACCAAACUUAACCUCUAUAAGCUUGGGAACAAAGACAACGUCAGUGAAAAUUGGAGAUAAGGGGCACAGCACCGCCUUGAGAGGAAUAACUUUAGGCUCUCGUUCGUCUACCUCGCGCCCCGCCACGACCCAAAAGGAGGGCGGAGACUCUCCGUACUUAGUGAGGGAAGACAAGAGGAGGGGUCAGGUAUUCUCUUGGGACACUGAAGCCUCGGAUUGGAGCCCAUCACCUGAAAAAGAGAAAGUGCCUGAAGGGGGUUCUCCUGUCUUCUACAAAGCAUUAUGGGUGGAAACACACCUGGGACCAGAGGAGGACGUGGGGAGGGAGGGGGAGAAAGAGAAGGAUAUAAUGAAACAAGAGGAGGAAGGCUUCAGAGCAGACUCUCCUCCCGUGCUAGCUAUACCUGUUAGAGUCAUUCCUGAGGACGACUCUCUCCCCCAGAGCGCGGCAGACUGCCCCUCCACCCCCUCUGAGAGUCUGCCGUCCGGUGGAAGCCUGCCAGAAUCAGACCUCUCCUUGGCACUGACUACAGGGGAGUUUCAAACAACAGUACCACAGCCGGAGGAGCCUGGCACAGGCUCAAAGCAAAGUUCACUUCAGGACAAACGAAGGGUGAGAGAACACCGCGUUUCGCGCAAGUCUGUGAAUCUGCCUUCCAAAGUGUUUGCCCAUAAGGUGCGCGUCAGCCCCGAGACAAGUUUGGAUGGGGACGAAGCAGCGGAAGAGGAGCUCAGCAGAGAUUCAACUACAAAGACUUCAGACGCAACACAAGUGAAACUACUGCCAAGCCUCCAGGACAACAACAAUGUGGAACUUAAGGAUGCCAACCUUGAGCCAUUUCCAAUAACAGACGUCACAACACACUCUGAAACAAACACUCCUGAACCCCUAGUUAUAGAAAAAACAGAGUCUGAGGCCUCCGAUUUUGAUGAUAUCUCUGCAAACUCAGACAUGUUCAGAGCAAAGUCACAAGCGCCUGGGUCUGGGUUAAAAGGCCAAGGAACUGCUCAGGCUCAGCCCUCUAAACGAGGGGUUAAAGCAGCAGCAGAAAGUCAGCAUACCACAGCAAGUGGAGCAAAGGCCCCGUCAUCAGCAGCUGGCAGCAAGGACAAACUUGUGACAACAAAGGCUAAAGCCUCCACAGAGAGAACAAAAGUGGGAACUUCCAGUGAUAUUCCAGCACAGAGGGAACCUAGCAAUGAUAAAACAGCUUCUAUGUUACCAACAUUAAAAGACCAAAUCACCAGUGGUCCCUUAAGUCCAACUGCUACAAAGUCUAAAAUCCCCAAAAGGUUAGGAUCGGAUGCUGAUGUGAAAUCACCAGUGACACCAGAUAAAAUGCCAGUGGCUGAUACUUCCGGGUCAGUGUUCACUGAGGCCUUGAAAUCUCCGGUGAGUCCAACCAGAGCUGUCAGGGAACAAAGUUUUGAAGAAGCCAAGGGAGGCCGAGCUCUGUCAGGGAACAUUUCUCCAACAAAAACAACAAACAAGACAGGAACAAAGCUUAUUAAAGAAAAGCCAAAUGAGGUCAGUGACUCUAUAAAGCUGGUAAAUGGCCUGGAGAAUGACCACGAGGAGAGUAUUGUUAAAGCAGGACACCAAACGGACAGGGAGGGUAAUGCCUCCUCGGCAUUAAAGAGCCGAUUACCCAUUUCAUCUCCUACAAGAAAGAAGAAUGUUGAUACAACUCUAACAAGUGGCACCAACUUCAAAAGAAUGACACAUGAUCAGACCGAUUUAGACAUAUCCAAGACAGAACAGAAGCUAAAGCAGCAAGAAGUAAUUCCUGAUGAGAGGCCUGGUGGUGCAUCACCACCUUCACUGCCUGAAAGUCCCAAGAAAGGAGGUAUGCUGUCACCAAGAUCAUCCAAUCGCCCCACUAAAAGAAGCAUCAGCCAAGAAGACAGUGACACACGCGCCACUAGUAUCUCUCCACCUCCCACCAAGCAAGAGAAACCCUUCUCUUCAAGGCUCUCCAAACCCAGCGACUUCAAAUGCCAAAAAAGUCCAGUCCCAUCGCCUGUAAGCAAGCUUCCUACAAGAGGUGAGAGAAGCCCCAACAAAGUAAGAUCCAGAAAACCUUCACCAACUGAGAAUUCUGUGAGCACAUCCACGUCCAAACAGGAGGACUCAAAUCAGAACAAAGCGUCUGAGAGUGUCAAAGCAGAUCAAGUGAAAGACAAUUCCAUUGGUGACAUAUUUGUAUUCGAUUCUCUAUCAAAAGAAGGAAAAGAGCAUGCAAUAAAACUCACAGACAGUAUAGGUGAAAACAAAACAAAAGGAAAAGGGUCAAAAGAAUUAGAGAAGAGCAUAACCAGUCCUGCAACAGAGGAUAUUUCAAACAUCCAACAAAUACAAAACAAUGAUGCAAUUAUUCCAGAAAAGGCUCAAAUAAUAGUUACACCACUAAAAGGCUCAGGGGCUGAGGCGUUGCCAAGCAGUGAUGCUGCCAAGGCAAGUCCAUCUCAGAUGCUUAUUUCUGAUGUAGUUACUGGUGCAAAACUCGAUUUGCAACCCACUACAGCUCACAUUCAAAGUGAAAACACCAAGCAGGAACAGGAAACAGCACCAAAGAUUUGUCCAGAAGAAGUGAAAGAGAAAGACAAUUCAGAGGCAACGCAGCUAAUAGGUAACAGAAAACCAGAUUCAAUCAAAGAUAGAGGCCUUCCAGAGCCAAACUCUGGCGUGUUGGCGAAGGACACAAUACCCGCCUAUGAGGAUGUAAGUGGUAUGUCAGCAAAAGCUGUUGUCGUUGGCAGCACUCACUGUGACAAAAUGGCCCGUUCUGAUCUGGAUCAUGUUUUACCAGGGAGUGUUUCCUUUAAAGAAACAAAUAAGGUCCCUUCUAAGGAAUAUAAUGGCAGAAAUAGUCUUCCCGCUAAAGACCAAGAUGCUGAACCAAAAGCUGUAUUAGCAAGCACUUCCAUUGAUACUGGUGUUGACCUGGCCAGAACAGAGCAGCAAAAUGAGUUAUUGAAGGAUCAAAUUAUUAAAAAUGAUAGAUUUCCCACAUCGAGCAGAGAUUUAUCAGAUGAUUUUAAAGAGAAACGUAUGGAGGAGGUUGGCAAGAAACCAGCAGAGGGUUUGGACAUUCAAACAGAGGCUGUGACUGUUUGUGAAUUGCAAAAGAAUGUUGAAAAUCAGAUGGACAAAGAGCCUCUUUUACUGCCAGGAGAAUGUGAAAGAGAUGAGAAAGACUCAAAACCAAAUAAAAAGCUAAAUGAUACUGUGGUGGAAAGUGCUGACUCACAGAGCAGUUGCAAAAAGGAGCUGAAGCGCAUAACUGUUGAGGAUGAAGAAAGAAAAUACCUUACAAAACCACAGAAGCCAACAGAUCUUUCAUCAGGAAAGAAAUGUUCACAGCCUGACUCAGAGGACGGAAUACAGACGGUAGUUACAGAUGCCCUGGAAGAGAAGAAGUCUGAGCAAGCAAAAAGUGCACUCCAGGACAAUACAACCGGUUUGGUUGAUACAAAGAAGCAAUGUGAGAUCCUCUUAAAGGAAAUUGAAGAGAGUGGUGAUCAGGAAAAUGAUCAGCACAUGAACACUCAAACUUUGGAAAAUGAACAGGAACCAAAAGUAAUUCUUACCAAAGAUAAGAAGAUCGGGGAUAAUGAGGCAAAACAGGGGGACAAACAAGCUGACGUUGCUAAGAAAAUAAGCACUACAACUACUAAGAGUAAAACAAAGGAAGUAUCAAUGCAGAAUUUACCAAAUGAGAAUUCUGAAGUUAGGAAACAAAAGGAACAGAAGACGUUAAAAGCUGGAAAUCGAGAUGGGGAUAAAGCAGAGGAGAAUGCUAAUGGAUCAGCAAAAUCCAAUGGUUCAAAUGCUAACCUAGAACAGAAACCUGCAACAGAAACAGUUCCAAAGAAGACAACAAAAAGCCAUUUUUCACAAAUGGAUACAUCUCAAGAACUAAAAGCAGUAAACAGUGAAACCCAGAGUGCUCAAGGUACUACAGACAAGACUGAAACAAAAGAUACACCAAUCAAAAGUUUGGUGAAUGAGACUCCAAUUGUAAAUGCUGAAGUAAGCAAACAGAAAGACCAGAUGUCCACACUUGUGAGAGAGCAAGAUGAAGACAUUACAAGACCAGAGAAAAACCAAUUCAUAAAAUCCAAACAUCCAAAAUCUAACCUGCAACAGCAACCACAGACAGACAAAACUCAAGUUCAAAAGAAACUACUGGAGGAACAGAUUUCACAAGGUGAUACAACUCAAGAACUCCGACCUAUGUACAAUGAAGAUUGUACAAAAACUGACCUGAAACAGGAAGCAGAAGCGGUUCAAUCAGAAGCUCCAGAGAAGAAAUCAGAAAGCCGAAUUAAAGAUCUAAAGGUUGCAACCACCAAAACUCAGAGUGUUGAGGGAGCUAAAAAGAAGACUGAAACAAAGAAUUCAUCAACAAAGGAUCAGAAGUCUGUAAUUGCUAAAGAUCAACAUGAGGACAUAACCAAACCAGAUACAAAUAAAUCAACAGUAUCCAAAACUCCAAGUACUGACGUGAUACAGGAAGUGCAAAAAUCAGAAGCACCAAAGAAGAAAUCAGAAAACCAAACUCAAGAACCAAAGCUUGCAAGCACGAAAACGUUGAGUGGUAGUGUAGCUAAAGAGAAGACUCAAACAAAGGAUUCAUCAGUAAAGAGUUUGGUGAGUGAGACGUCAACUGCGAACGCUAGCAGUGAAGUUAGCAACCAACAGGUUCAGAAGUCUGUAAUUGUUGAAGAUCAUCAUCAGGGCAUAACCAAACCAGAUACCAAUAAAUCAACAGUAUCCAAAACUCCAAGUACUGAUGCGAAACAGGAAGUGAUGAAAGUAGAAAUGCCAGAAAAGAAAUCAGGAGGACAAAUUCAAGAACCAAAGGUUGUAAGCACAAAAACCUUGAGCGCUGGUGGACCUAAAGAGAAGAGUGAAACAAAGGAUUCAUCAGGAAAGAACUUGGUGAGUAAGACAUCAACUGCGAACGCUAGCAGUGAAGUUAGCAACCAACAGGAUCAGAAGUCUGUAAUUGUUAAAGAUCGUCAUGAGGACAUAACCAAACCCGAUACCAGCAAAUCGACAGAAUCCAAUUGCACCGAGGCUGACCUGAAACAGGAAGUGGUACAAACAGAAGCUCCAGAGAAGAAAUCAGAAAGCCGAAUUAAAGAUCUAAAGGUUGUAAAUACUGAAACUCAAAGUGCAUCUGGUAUCAAAGAAAAGACAGAAACAAAAGAUUCAUCAGUCAAGAGUGUCGGAGGUAAGGUAGCAAAGACAUUCAAAACUCCAAAGGUAUCAGAAAGCAACAGUCAAGAACUAAAGAUUGCAACCACCAAAACUCAGAGUGUUGAGGGAGCUAAAAAGAAGACUGAAACAAAGAAUUCAUCAACAAAGGAUCAGAAGUCUGUAAUUGCUAAAGAUCAACAUGAGGACAUAACCAAACCAGAUACAAAUAAAUCAACAGUAUCCAAAACUCCAAGUACUGACGUGAUACAGGAAGUGCAAAAAUCAGAAGCACCAAAGAAGAAAUCAGAAAACCAAACUCAAGAACCAAAGCUUGCAAGCACAAAAACGUUGAGUGGUAGUGUAGCUAAAGAGAAGAGUGAAACAAAGGAUUCAUCAGGAAAGAGUUUGGUGAGUGAGACGUCAACUGCGAACGCUAGCAGUGAAGUUAGCAACCAACAGGAUCAGAAGUCUGUAAUUGUUGAAGAUCGUCAUGAGGACAUAACCAAACCCGAUACCAGCAAAUCGACAGAAUCCAAUUGCCCCAAGGCUGACCUGAAACAGGAAGUGGUACAAACAGAAGCUCCAGAGAAUAAAUCAGAAAGCCGAAUUAAAGAUCUAAAGGUUGUAAGUACUGAAACUCAAAGUGCAUCUGGUAUCAAAGAAAAGACAGAAACAAAAGAUUCAUCAGUCAAGAGUGUCGGAAGUAAGGUAGCAAAGACAUUAGAAACUCCAAAGGUAUCAGAAAGCAACAGUCAAGAACUAAAGGUUGUAAGCCCCAAAAGUCAGAGUGUUGAGGGAGCUAAAAAGAAGACUGAAACAAAGGAUUCAUCAACAAAGCUUUUGGUGAAUGAGACGUCAACCGGGAAUACUAACUAUGACGUUAGCAAGCGACAGGAUCAGAAGACUGUAAUUGCUAAAGAUCAACAUGAGGACAUAACCAAACCAGAAACAAAUAAAUCAACAGUAUCCAAAACUCCAAGUACUGACGUGAUACAGGAAGUGCAAAAAUCAGAAGCACCAAAGAAGAAAUCAGAAAACCAAACUCAAGAACCAAAGCUUGCAAGCACAAAAACGUUGAGUGGUAGUGUAGCUAAAGAGAAGACUGAAACAAAGGAUUCAUCAGUAAAGAGUUUGGUGAGUGAGACGUCAACUGCGAACGCUAGCAGUGAAGUUAGCAACCAGCAGGAUCAGAAGAAUGUAAUUGUUGAAGAUCAUCAUCAGGGCAUAACCAAACCAGAUACCAAUAAAUCAACAGUAUCCAAAACUCCAAGUACUGAUGUGAAACAGGAAGUGAUGAAAGUAGAAACGCCAGAAAAGAAAUCAGAAAGAAAAAUUCAAGAUCCAAAGGUUGUAAGCACAAAAACCUUGAGCGCUGGUGGACCUAAAGAGAAGAGUGAAACAAAGGAUUCAUCAGGAAAGAGCUUGGGGGGUAAGACAUCAACUGCGAACGCUAGCUUUGAAAUUAUCAACCAGCAGGAUCAAAAGACUGUAGUUGUUAAAAAUCAACAUGAGGACAUAACCAAUCCAGAUACCAGCCAAUCAAAAGAAUCCAAACCUCCAAAUGCUGACCUGAAACAAGAGGUGGUAAAAACAGAAGCACCAGAGAAGAAAUCAGAAAUCCAAAUUAAAGAAUUAAAGAUUGUAAGCAACAAAACCCAAAGUGCUGGUGGAGCUAAAGAGAAUACUGAAACAAAGGUGACAUCAGUAGAGCGUUUGCUGAAUGAGACGGUGAAUUCGGAAGUUAACCAUGAAGUUAGCAACCAACAGGAUCAGAAGUCUGUAAUUGUUGAAGUUCAACAUCAGAACAUUACCAAAGCAGAUACAAGAACACGCCCAAAGGCUGACCUGAGAAAAAAAGCACAAGAGAAGAAAUCAGAAGGCCAAAUUCAAGAACUAAAGGAUGAAUGCACUAAAACUCAGAGGGUAGAAAGAACUAAAGAAAAGACUGAAACAAAGGAUUUACCAAUGACGAGUUUGGUGAAUGAGAUUGUUAUUGAGAAUGCUAACUUUGAAGAUAGCACAGAAAAGGAGCAGAAGCCCUCAGUUGUCAGAGAUGAACCUUUAAGGAUUAAUAAACCAGAGAAUGUCACUGGUCAAUCCACAGAUUUUAAAGCAGCCAACAAGAAUGAUGAGAAACAAAAUAAAAUUAAAGAAAGGAAAGAAGGCGUUGAAAUAUCAAAUAAAGUGACAAAGCAGGAAAAUCAGCAGAAGAAGGCAUCAAAGUUAGAUGCUCACCAAGAGUCAGAAAGCAUUUCAGUGAAAGAUGCAUCUAGCAAAAUAAGUGGUGCAGAACAAAAAGACAAGCCCACUGUUGUUCCAGAGAUGGGACAUUAUAGCACUGAUGCUCAGAAGAAGGAUGAAGACACCAAAGAAAAAACUAAAACAGGCAGUGGUUUCAAACGGGAACAGCAGACUUUAGAAAAAGAGAAAACCAGAAACCUCAAUGAUCCACAAAAGCCUGCAAGCCCAUCACUCAACGGCAGUUUGUCUCUUUCUGCAACAGCGGAAGCACCCGCAACAUCUCAAAGUCCUCAGCUAAAGAAGGAAUCUCCAUCUAGUUGGUUAGAGUUAGAGCAUCCGAAGCAGAAGAAGGCGCAUAAAAGAAUACUAAAGGCCUCGGCAAGUGAGGAUGAAUCUCUUGAUCCUGAUGACUAUGAUGAGUUAAUCAGGAGCAUUAAGGAGGGCAGCAUUCCUUUCUCACUGCCUCCCAAGAAGCAUAUUUGUAAAAGGUUCCCGUCUCCACCUCUUACUUUGUCGCCUAUCAUUGAGGACCAUUUUGAACCAUUUGAUCGAGAGCAAUUCCAGUUCGGCUUAGGGAAAAAUGGUGCAGGUUUUAAGGACCCUCCCCUAUUAUCUAUGGUGAUGAAACAGAAAGCAGCUAGUAGGGAAGGGCUGUUUCUGAAACGAGAACAGGAUAAUGCCAAUUGCACAUCUAGAGGCCAAAUGAAUUCACUUGAUGAGGUGGAAGGCAAAGAUGGAGUUAAAGAGGGGGAUAAUACUGAAAAUGGACAAGAAGAGGGAAAUAACAAUGGACAAGAGGCAGGGAAGCUGACAUCACGACUUGGGAGGAUGUCCAUCCUCUCCAGCUUAAUGAAUUCCCCUCGGUCCUCCAGGAAGGCCAAAGAGGAAGUUGCCUCUGACACAAAUAGCACGCUUUCUACUCCACAACAGGACCUGCUCUCGCUUGGAAAGAAAGGAGUGUUUGAUUCAUUUCUGCCUGCAGAUAAGAAGGGUGUGAAAGGUAAAGACCAAGGCUCACUUGUUGGUGGUGGUAUAGGUGCAGUUAGUGAGUCAGCAGUCAACGCCUCCUCUCCUCCUCCUCCCGCUCUCCCGUCGUUCUCAGAGUUAAAGCAGCCUGUUCAUUCAGAGAAGUACCUCAAGAAGAACAAAUCAGAGUCUGAAGCCUCCAGCGGCUCUACACAUAUGACUAAAACUGAACUAGGUCCUAAGGGUGCGACAAUGGACCAGACCCCAAUAGAAGUACCAAAUGUUGAAGAGAGCCUGAAGGGCCCCGCAGCACUGCCUCCAACCAGCGAGAACAGCCAGCAGACUUCCCUGAAUGGACUAACUAAACCUAAGCCUAAGACACCUGCAGUAAGAGGGUUCCACAAAAGGCCUGGAAAGAUUGUCGUACAUGAGCAAGACCAAUUUGGAGGGCAGCAGUUUGAACUGUACUGUGAUGUAGAGGAUGCCACCACGAUGAAGCUGUCCCCUGUCAUCUCAGUCAGAGUCAUCAGAGGAUGCUGGCUGCUUUAUGAGAAACCUGGCUUCCAGGGUCGUAUCAUCGCCCUGGAGGAAGGUCCUAUGGAUCACUUAGUGAAUAUGUGGGCAGAGGAAGGGACCCCGACCACACCAGAUGCAAUGGGUCAGCCUGUACCAACAUCACCUAUGGUCAUAGGCUCUAUUCGACUGGCAGUUAGAGACUAUAGCAUUCCCCAUAUUGACCUGUAUCCUGAGGUCAAUGGGAUGGGGAGGAUGACCUCUUACUAUGAAGAGACUGUGGAGAUUGGCUCGUACAGUAUGCCGCAGACCACUGGCUCCAUUAAGGUUCAUUCUGGAGUCUGGUUGGUGUACACUGAUCCAGGGUUUGGAGGGUUUGUGGGAGUGCUGGAGGUGGGGGAGUAUCCCUGCCCAGAGGCCUGGGGCUUCCCUCAGCCCUUCAUCGGCUCGCUCAGACCCCUCUGCAUGGGAGCGAUAAAGGUGGAGCAUCCUCAUGAAAGAAAGGCCUUAGUGUUUGAGAAGCCCAACUUUGACGGAGAGUGCAUAGAGGUAGAGGGUGAUGUGUACAACUUGCAAGAAGAACUGGAAGAGGAGAAAACGGGCAAACCAGAGGAGAAAAAGAAGACCCUGUCUGCAGUGGGUUCUAUAAAGAUACUUGGCGGUUUCUGGGUGGGUUAUCUAGAGGGGGACUUUGAGGGGCAGCAGUACAUCCUGGAAGAGGGGGAGUAUCCUCACUGCAGUGACUGGGGGGGGUCUGAGGAUGGGCUCCUGUCACUUCGGCCUGUGUGCACAGAUUACCUCUCCCCUCACGUUAAACUGUUCAUGGACCGGCACUUUGAUGCACGAGGGCUCAAUGUGGACUUGCUGGGACCUGUCCCCAACAUGCAGGACGUCGCCCAUGGUUGCAAAACACAGUCUGCCAACGUCAUGGGUGGAGUGUGGGUGUGCUUUGAGCAGCCCGGCUUCAGUGGAGAGCUCUACGUCCUGGAGAGGGGCCUCUACGCAGGCCCUGAGGACUGGGGGGCCCAGAACCCCAAGAUCUCCUCCAUCCAGCCGGUCUUCCAUGACCCACUGAUGGGAACGACUAAAUUCAAGAUGCAGCUGUUUUCUGAGGCAGACUUCCAGGGCAGGCUGGUGUCUCUGGAGGACAGCACAGCGGCUCUGGAUGAGGACUUCACCCCCCGGUCCUGUAGGGUGCUGGCUGGCAGCUGGAUGUUAUAUGAAGGGGCUCAGUUCACAGAGAACAUGUAUGUGUUGGAGGAGGGAGAAUACCCCAAUGCAGAGGCCAUGGGCUUCCUGUCCUCAGACUGCACCGUCCGCUCCAUACAGACCACGGGACAUGAGUUUUCUCUGCCCUCCAUCGUGCUGUUCAGUAAGGUGGGCUGCAGGGGUCGCAGGGUGGUCCUGAGUCAUGAAGCUGUGAACCUGCAGCAGGCCGGCCUGGACACACGCACACGCUCCCUGGUGGUGGAGGGAGGAAUGUGGGUGUUGUAUGAAGGCAGUAACUUCCGGGGUCGACAGCUUCUUCUGCAGCCGAGUGAGGUGCUGGAUUUAUGGAAGUCCAGAGGCAUGCAGCAAAUAGGAUCCCUGCGACCUUUAGUCCAGAAGCAGAUGUACUUCCGUCUGAGGAACAGGGAGACAGGAAGUGUGCUGUCUCUGACGGGGACUCUGGACGACAUCAAGCUGAUGAGGGUUCAGGCUGUGGAGGAGACGGGGGGGCUGGAGCAGGUCUGGCUCUAUCGGGGCGGGCAGAUGAGCUGCAAGCUGGUGGAGGACUGUUUCCUGGAGACCUCAGGCAGUAUUGUGAUGGAGGGCAGCAGGCUGUGUGUCACCCCGGUGCGAGGCAACGGCAACCACCUGUGGAACAUCAGCCCUGAUGGUCUGGUGCACUGUGUCCUGAAACCUCAGCUGGUGCUGGAGGUCAAAGGUGGACAUCAGUAUGACAAGAACCUGGUGGUCCUGAACAUAUGUGAGGAAAGAGAACUGAACCAAAGGUGGACCUUGGACAUCCUGUGAUCUGAUGAGCCUCCACUCACACUGAACCCUGUGAUGCAGCUCCGUCGGGGUUGCCCACUCCACAGAGAGGGAGCAUCGGAUCAAUCGUUGCACCUUUGUGUGGAGUUCUGACUGUUGAGGGGAACCAUUGACUGGAUCAACAAUAUAACUAUGUUCUUAGAGUAGAUUGAAUGAUUGAGUUGUGUACAAAUAUUACAUAUUUCUUUGCCACUAUAGACCAAAGACUCCAUGCACACAUCUCUAUGUUUUCACUGCUUAUAGAGAGGACUCAGCCCUGGUUCAAUGCUGCACACUUCUCUUUACUUUAUGGUACAUUUCUACUGGUUCCUUUGUCUUAUUUCUGAUCAUGUCUGCAUAUAUGAAUGUAUAGUGUAUAUUGAGAGCUGCUGCAUUAUGAAGUCUGACGUGCACACUCCUAAGAUGUAUUCUUUUUUUUAUCAAUGUAGAUUUAAAAUAUCUAUUGUAGAGUUUGGAUAUCUUGUUAGGACUUUUCACAAGCUGUACCCUACUGCAUCAAGUUGUACAUAAGCAUCAAGUGUAUAUAUUUGAGAUGAAAUUUCCUAGCAGAACUGCAACAACUAUGCUGCCCACUGCUGUAAAGAUGUGAAUGUAUGAGAGAAAGCUGUCGCACAUGAAAAUAAGAAUGCCGUUUUCUUUCUUUUGUCUUUUUUAGAAAAUAAAAGAUUUUAAUAACUUGU